AUGGAGUUGCUAAAAAAGGAAGAGGUCGAAAAUAUAUUUAAAACAAAUAAAGGAAAGGCCGUUUUGGUAGUCUUUGACCAGUCUUCCAAACAGCACCUUCUUCAAGUUCUAACUAGUCUUAGUGAAGAUUUUAAAGAGGUAAAUUUUAAAUCGGCACAUUUCGAAUUGGUGGGAGGUUAUCACAGUUUAUCCAGCAUUCCAUCAGUCUUGUUCUUCGAGGACAACAAGGUGGUGCACGCUUUGGAAGGCUGUAGCACCUCAGUUUUAGUGACCUUCGUGAGAGGAUGGGUGAGUAAAUCGCAGGAGUCGACUCCAGAUAAAAUAAGAAGAUUGCUGAGGGAGAAUCAAGUAUUGCUGUUUAUGAAGGGGGAAAAGAAGGAGCCGUUUUGUAGAUUUAGUAGAGCAGUCGUAGAAAUGUUGAACAGCUCAGGCGUGAAGUUUGAAGGAUAUAACAUAUUCGAAGACCCGGAGCUGAGGGAGGAGCUGAAGGUGUUCUCUAACUGGCCCACAUACCCGCAGCUAUACGUCAACGGGAAGCUGAUAGGAGGGCACGACAUAAUAAAGGAGCUGUACGAGUCGAACACACUGAGAGACGAGAUACCAAAAGAGUGUUUAGUGUAG